AUGUAUAUGGAUGAUUUAUUGAAAGCCGCCGACAGUGAAGAAUUAGCCAUUGAAAACGCGAAAAAUAUCCGAGACGGCUUGGCGGAAGGCGACUUUCAUCUGACCAACUGGAUCUCCAAUUCACCGAAACUUGUCGCAGCUCUUCAACCAAUUGCAGAUUCUACCGUGGAGGCAACAUGCAGUUUAGCUUCGGACGAAGUCGAGAAGUUGCUGGGAAUCUUUUACGAGCCUAGUACCGACGAUCUGACCUUCCGAGUGACCGGUGCGGAUGAAGUGGAAUGGACGCGUGCUGGAUUACUCAGCAAAGUGGCAGCCGUUUAUGAUCCGUUAGGCCAUGCAGCUCCUCUGAUUGUAAAAGCGAAGAUUAAACUUUGCGAAUUAGGCAUCAAAGGCUUGAACUGGAAGGACGUCGUGACCGGAGAAGAUAAGUCAUGGUGGCAACGUUGGUUCAGCUCGCUGAAACAUUUAAACAGCAUCCGGAUGCCAAGAAACCUUCAACCGAACAAAAAGAAUAUCAAGAGCAGUCAACUCCUAACGUUUUGUGAUGCAUGCGAAGAGGCCGUUGCAGCUGCAGUGUAUUUGAAUACUUCCUACGAAGACGGCUCCUCAAAUUGCCGAUUGGUGAUGGCGAAAACGAAAUUGGCUCCGCGUAAAACAAUUUCCAUUCCUAAAUUGGAACUUAAUACUGCUCUGCUUGGUGCAAGACUUUCCAGGUACGUGGAAGAGGCGUUAAACCUUCCGUAUCUCACCCGACUAUUCUGGACAGAUUCGAGUACCACCCGGAAUUGGCUACGCGCCGUUGCUGCUCACUACACUCCAUUUGUCAGCCAUAGAGUUGGGGAAAUACAAUCUCUCACCGACCCGAGCGAAUGGAGAUUUGUACCCGGAAAACUAAAUAUUGCUGAUGUCGCAACGCGGUCGCUUCUCAUCGAUGAAGAACCGAUUCCGCCUGGCUGGUUAGAAGGUCCAGAUUUUCUGAAACAACCAAUCAAUUUGUGGCCAAAGGAUCUACCCUGGAUGGCUGUUUCCGAAGAGCGACGUGCGGCCCAUACUCAACAUGCGACAAAACUUCCGUCAAAUUAUGAUUGGUCAAAGGUGAAAAUUGACUCAUCCAAACUCUCUCAUUGUCUAAAGAUGGAAGGCCCGUUUAAGGAGUUGAUGCGUCGGUGUCAAGAAGAGGAAUUUAAUGAAGAUAUCCAGCAACUCCGUGACUUCAAGACAUCGAGACAUCGAGACUUCAACAAUUGA